AAAAUCGAAACUGAGAGAAUAUAUAAUAGAUUCCACUAUUAUCCUUAGUUUAAUUUGCGUAUAAAUUAUUUUAUAAAUAAAUCUAUAAUAUUAUUUAUAAAAUGAUUUUGCUGAUUUGUCAUCUCCUCCAUGAUUUGAGGCUUAGUCAAUAAUUUUCUUAAAUAAUCUUUUUAUAUAUUUUAAUAAUAAACAAUUUUAGAAACAUGAUAAUUACAAUAUUUCAGCUAUACAAAUAUUUGAGAUUAUCUUAUUUAUUAAUUACAUUUGAUUUUAGGUGAGUCAACGAUUUUAAUAAAUAAUUUUAAUAAUAUUUAUAUAUUAGAUAAUAAAUAGUUCUUAUAAAGUGAUUUUGCUGAUUUGUCAUAUUCUCCAUGAUUUUAGGAUUAAUCAAUAGUUUUCUUAAAUACUUUUUUUAUAUAUUUGAAUGAUAAACGGUUUUAGAAACAUGAUAAUUACAUGUUUUCCAUGAUUUUAGGCUUAGUCAAUAGUUUUCUUACAUAUUUUAUAUAUAUUUUAAUAAUAAAAAGUUUUAGAAACAUGAUAAUUACAAUAUUUAAGGUAUACAAAUAUUUGAUAUUAUCUUAUUUAUUAUUAAAAACAUUUGAUUUUAGGUGAUUCAACGAUUUUAUUAAAUAAUUUAAAUAAUAUUUAUAUAUUAGAUAAUAAACAGUUCUAAGAAAAGUAUGAUAAUUAUCAUCUACAAAACUAUUUGAUAUCAUCUUAUUAAUAUUAUAUAAAAGAUUCUUCUCUUAUAUGUCAUGAAAAGAUUAAAUUUAUAUUUUUGGUACUAAAAAGGUUAUAUAUUUUUGGAUUUUGUUAAUAUAAGCUCAUCGAUAACAUAUACAAUUUAUUAUUUUAAUCUAUUAGUGUUUAGUUUUUUAAAAAGUAUGUUUUCUAACAAUUGUAAGUUUUGCUAAUAUGUGUUACCACAAUAGCUCAUAUUUAUGUUCUACCCAAUCAAUAUUCGAUUACAUGUCGUAUGAGAAAUCUACAAAAAAAACAAACUUAUAAAAAAAAAAGAUGAAUAUUUAAGAAAAAAAAUCAUAUAUAUAUAUUUUUAAAACUUUUUCAUAUAGAAAUUUGAUGUUUGAUUUUUUUUUUAGAACAUUUAAAUUACUAAGAUAUAAACUAAUAAACUUUGUAAAACGAUUAUGACCCAUGCGCGGACAAAAUACCUAGUUGUAAAAUAAUCUAUAAGAGAUUACACUGCUAUUAAAUUAUUAGGUUGUUACCCAUGUCAAAGAAAUAAAAGUUAUCCUUUAACUGUUAGGAUUCGAAAUAUUUACAAAUCCUAUAUCUUAGAGGUUUUUAAUUUUGCUAUAUUCUAGGGUUUAGAGUUGUUAUUUAAUUUGCUUACGAGUUACGACUAAGAACAUAACUCACAAGAGAAGAAAAAAAUCAUGAGCAGUAGUAGCAGUCCUGGUAUUCGAAAUUUAUUCAGAACCAUGAGCAGUAGUAGUAACAGCGACACUGAUGAUGAUGAUCUAACAAGAGUUUUAUCUGUACGACGCCCUAGGUCAAAUUCUAUUGACCUAAAUAGGAGGCGUGCUGAGAAAGUUAGACCAGUUUCUACUAGAGAAAAGAAAGAAGAUGAAUCAGAGUCUAAAUCGACACCAGGAGAAGAUAAAGUUGGUGACAUCGUUCGCUUCGGACGAAACAGCUACUUUGUGGUUGACAUCUUCGAGAAGGAGAUCAUGGAGUUGGGAGAUAAGGUGGAUUUAAACUUCAAGAGAUUCAACAAGUUCGAAGCUGUUGAUGGAUGUUGUCCAUGGGAUCAUCACUUCAGCAACUACAGGUGUUGUUACUCAUCUUGCUGCUGCGUAUGUUCAAUCAGUAACGUUGAGAGAGAGUGGGGGAAGCUGCAGAGAGAGUUAGAGAAGAGAGAUGGUUCUUCCAAUGGAGUCAGCUUCUUUGUUAGAACUUACAACGAAAGAAAAGAGCUGAUGAGAGUUGCUGUAACCGAUCAGAGUCACAGCUUGUUCUUCUUCGACAUUAAGUUCCCUACAGAGUAUCCACACCAAGCGCCGAGUCUCUUCUACCAUUCCUAUGGCCUUCCUUUGAGUAACUAUGAGACACAUACGUUACUAAAGGCCAAAAUUCAUUACAACAUAUUAGAUGUGUUUCUACUCAUUGAAGAGAUUGUGAUGAACAACACCAACAAGUCAUGUCAUCAGAUGCUAGAUAUGCUGAAGCGUCCUCUCAAUGGGUUUGAGGAUUUUGUGAAAGGUCAUUUUAGGAAGAAGGGUGCUUUUAUUCUGAAGAACAUGAUUGAAGAGAUGGAUUUGGCAAAGGAGAGAGAUAGAAACAUGUUCUUCAAGACUUAUGUUGCCUUUGAAGACAAUAAAACUUACGGUGAGCAUCUUCUCAACAGUGAUCUUAAAGAAGAGCUGGAGGGGUACAAAGAGAAAGAGUGUUCUAGUGAUCACUACUACUCUUCUUCAUCUUCCUACUUCCAACCCAUUACUAGCAGGUUUGAUGAUAUUCAGAAGACACCCAGAUACAAAAACUUCUUGAACAAGAUCUUUCUCUUGUAGUUUAUCUAGUAGUUGCUUUAUAGGUUUUCUUUUGUGUGUUUUCUUUGAAUUCUUAAUAAUUUAUGAGUUUCUUUUAUGAGUGACUCUCUUAGGAGAAUGUAUUCAUUUGAGAGUUGUGAUUUGGAAACAUUUGAUUUUAGGGUGUUUUAUUUUACCGAAACGCUAGUUUUAGUGUGUUCUUAGAAGAUCUUAAGUGAAUUGAAUAGUUUAAUAUGACUUUUGCUAAGCAACUCUAAAAAAUUCAUCUAAAAUGAUGGGAUUUGGAUUAUAUUUUUAGCUAAGAAACUUUAUCCAACCACUCCAAAAUAAUCUAAUUUUUUUUGAAAAACUUCUUGCUUAAUUUCCCCCCCCCCCAAUAAUAUUGGAUUUCAGAGUAUUUCAUCAAAUGAGAAGUUCAAUAAUAACACUAAAUUUUAAAUGAAAUUUUAAAAUGGUGAAAUUGAUAUUUUAAUACAAAAAACAAACUCUCACUUUAAUAAUACACUCCCCUUAUUGAAUAUAAAGUCAAAAAGUCUUGAAUACAUAGAUUUGCAGCAAAAGAAACUCAAUGGUUAUACAUAGUUUGCCUCAUCAAAAUGUUCUGAGUUUCUAUUAAGCUUCAUCAAGAGCGAUCACACCGGGAAGUACUUUGCCUUCCAAGAGCUCCAAGCUGGCUCCACCACCAGUGGAGAUGUGACUCAUGACUCCU